UGAUGUACUGACAGAGGAAGAGCAGCAGAGAGGCAGUGAUGAAGAUCACACUGAACUUUCUGAGGAUGAUGAAGCAGGAGGAGCUGGCUGACUGUCUGCAGAGGCAGAAACAUCCUGCUGCGGAUUGUCAACAUCAUCUUAAAUCUGGUCUGAAGAAGAAGUUCCAGUGUGUGUUUGAGGGGAUUGCUAAAGCAGGAAGUCCAACCCUUCUGAACCAGAUCUACACAGAGCUCUACAUCACAGAGGGAGGGACUAGAGAGGUCAAUGAUGAACAUGAGGUCAGACAGAUUGAAACAGCAUCCAGGAAACCACACAGACCAGAAACAACAAUCAGACAAGAAGACAUCUUUAAAGUCCCACCUGGAAGAGAUCAACCAAUCAGAACAGUGAUGACAAAGGGAGUGGCUGGCAUUGGGAAAACAGUCUUAACACAGAAGUUCACUCUGGACUGGGCUGAAGACAAAGCCCACCAGAACAUCCAGUUCAUAUUUCCAUUCACUUUCAGAGAGCUGAAUGUGCUGAAAGAGAAAAAGUUCAGUUUGGUGGAACUUGUUCAUUAUUUCUUUACUGAAACCAAAGAAAUCUGCAGCUUUGAACACUUCCAGGUUCUGUUCAUCUUUGAUGGCUUGGAUGAGAGUCGACUUCCUCUGGACUUCCACAACAAGGAGAUCCUGACUGAUGCUACAGAGUCCACCUCAGUGGAUGUUCUGCUGACAAACCUCAUCAGGGGGAAACUGCUUCCCUCUGCUCACUUCUGGAUAACCACACGACCUGCAGCAGCCAAUCAGAUCCCUCCUGAAUGUAUAGGCAUGGUAACAGAAGUCAGAGGGUUCAACGACCCACAGAAGGAGGAGUACUUCAGGAAGAGAUUCAGAGAUGAGGAGCAGGCCAGCAGGAUCAUCUCCCAUAUGAAGACAUCACGAAGCCUCCACAUCAUGUGCCACAUCCCAGUCUUCUGCUGGAUCACUGCUACAGUUCUGGAGGAUGUGCUGAAGAGCAGAGAGGGAGGAGAGCUGCCCAGAACCCUGACUGAGAUGUACAUCCACUUCCUGGUGGUUCAGGCCAAAGUGAAGAAGGUCAAGUACGAUGGAGGAGCUGAAUCAGAUCCACACUGGAGUCCAGAGAGCAGGAAGAUGAUUGAGUCUCUGGGAAAACUGGCUUUUGAUCAGCUGCAGAAAGGAAACCUGAUCUUCUAUGAAUCAGACCUGACAGAGUGUGGCAUCAAUAUCAGAGCAGCCUCAGUGUACUCAGGAGUGUUCACACAGAUUUUUAAAGAGGAGAGAGGGCUGUACCAGGAAAAGGUGUUCUGCUUUGUCCAUCUGAGUGUUCAGGAGUUUCUGGCUGCUCUUCAUGUUCAUCUGACCUUCAUCAACUCUGGUGUCAACCUGACGGAAACAAAAGAACCAAAAUCCUCCUUGUUUUCUAUAUUAUUCAACAAAUCCAAUAUGAAUUAUCUCCAUCAAACAGCUGUUGACCAGGCCUUACAGAGUCCAAAUGGACACCUGGACAUGUUCCUCCGCUUCCUCCUUGGACUUUCACUGCAGACCAAUCAGAGACUCCUACAAGGUCUGGUGAAACAGACAGGAGGUAGCGCACAGACCAAUCACAAAACGGCUCAGUACAUCAAGGAAAAGAUCAAUGAGAAUGUGUCUGCAGAAAAAAGCAUCAAUCUGUUCCACUGUCUGAAUGAACUGGAUGAUCGUUCUCUAGUAAAGGAGAUCCAACGGUUUCAGAGUUCAGGACGUCUCUCCACAGAUGAACUGUCUCCUGCUCAUUGGUCAGCUCUGGGUUUCAUCUUGGUUUCAUCAGGAGAAGAUCUGGAAGUGUUUAAUCUGAAGAAAUAUUCUGCUUCAGAGGACAUUCUUCUGAGGCUGCUGCCAGUGGUUAAAGCCUCCAACAAAGCUCUACUGAGUGACUGUAACCUCACAGAGAGAAGUUGUGAAGUUCUGUCCUCAGUUCUCAGCUCCCAGUCCUCCAGUCUCAGAGAACUGGACCUGAGUAACAACAACCUGUGGGAUUCAGGAGUGAAGCUUCUCUCUGCUGGACUGAAGAGUCCAAACUGCAACCUGGAAACUCUCAGACUGAGUGACUGUAACCUCACAGAGAGAAGUUGUGAAGUUCUGUCCUCAGUUCUCAGCUCCCAGUCCUCCAGUCUCAGAGAACUGGACCUGAGUAACAACAACCUGUGGGAUUCAGGAGUGAAGCUUCUCUCUGCUGGACUGAAGAGUCCAAACUGCAACCUGGAAACUCUCAGACUGAGUCUCUGUAACCUCUCAGAGAGAAGUUGUGAAGUUCUGUCCUCAGUUCUCAGCUCCCAGUCCUCCAGUCUCAGAGAACUGGACCUGAGUAACAACAACCUGUGGGAUUCAGGAGUGAAGCUUCUCUCUGCUGGACUGAAGAGUCCAAACUGCAACCUGGAAACUCUCAGACUGAGUGACUGUAACCUCACAGAGAGAAGUUGUGAAGCUCUGUCCUCAGUUCUCAGCUCCCAGUCCUCCAGUCUCAGAGAACUGGACCUGAGUAACAACAACCUGCAGGAUUCAGGAGUGAAGCUACUUUCAGCUGGACUGAAGAGUCCAAACUGCAACCUGGAAACUCUCAGACUGAAUGACUGUAACCUCUCUGUGAAAAGUUGUGAAGUUCUGUCCUCAGUUCACAGCUCCCAGUCCUCCAGUCUCAGAGAACUGGACCUGAGUAACAACAACCUGUGGGAUUCAGGAGUGAAGCUUCUCUCUGCUGGACUGAAGAGUCCAAACUGCAACCUGGAAACUCUCAGACUGAGUGGCUGUAACGUCUCAGAGAGAAGCUGUGAAGCUCUGUCCUCAGUUCUCAGCUCCCAGUCCUCCAGUCUCAGAGAACUGGACCUGAGUAACAACAACCUGCAGGAUUCAGGAGUGAAGCUUCUCUCUGCUGGACUGAAGAGUCCAAACUGCAACCUGGAAACUCUCAGGACAUCGGAACAGGAUUAUUAUGCCUGUCCGAGCCUUUUAAGCCUCGAAUUUCAGGAAUAUGAAGUGGUCGUGGCAGGAAUCCCUGCUACACUCCCUCCUGGAACUGCAGAUCCACGCCGGCUCCCGGCCGCCCCUGACGAUGCUCCUCAUCUGAAGACCGAAGCUGCAGAUCCUCCUGCACGUCUUGGAGCGUGCGUCGUGGUUCCUCGGCUGCCGUGCACUGACUCCAACGGAACCAGGUGUCUCCUUUCCCUUGUAGACGAACAGCAUGGGACGUCCUCUCCACUACUCAGUGUGGUCCGGUGA